AUGGUAUCAAAAGUAGAAUAUUAUAAACUGAUUGGCAUCUCUCAAAGAAGGACAUACAUGUCAUUUUUGGCUUACACAAUUUCCGAAAACUGGAGUUAUCGGAUAUCGUUAAGGUUAGCAUUCCACUGCAUAGACCACACUCUAUCAAUGACGAAAUUUAAUUCAUUAUCGUAUGAUAUAAUUCGUACUAUAUAUCUGCUAAUAUAUUUUAUCGAUGAAAGACCUUUCUUAUUACAGUUAUAUCUACAGUUAUAUCUUUUAUUUUCUCUUUAUCAUCAUAUAUUUCACCUAUAUCAUAGUUGA